GGCAGCAACUACAGAUGUAUUGGUAUCAGUGAUAUAAUAAGUUUCAUAUGAAAAGCAAGACCAUGAAAGCCUUGUGGAUUUCAAUACUUUUCUCAGCUGUUUCUAUCGCAUCUUCAAAAUUGACUUUUCAUGGAGACAAGGUUUUCCGGAUCAAACUGCAAACUGAGGAACAUGCAGCAUAUAUUCAAAAUCUAGCUGAAAAAAUCAAGAUGGAUUUCUGGCACCCAGAAUCAGCAGACAGAGUGGUACCGCAGAUAGAAGCAGACAUCCACGUGAAUGCCAAUGAUUCAGAAGCUAUUCGGCAUCUUCUGGGACAGAACUACAUAGAACAUGAAGUUUUGUUUCACAAUCUUCAGGAAGCAAUAGAUGCACAGCUUGACUAUCGGAUGAAGAAAAAGUCUAAAAAACACAGUUAUACCAACUACAAUGACUGGGAAACAAUUGCUAACUGGACAUGCAAAAUCGUUUCUAAGUUUCCCAAAAUUGCCAGCCGUCUUGAGAUUGGAAAUACCUAUGAGGGGCGUGGCAUGUAUGUUCUCAAGAUUGGAAAUCCAACGGCCAAAAGAGCUAUCUUUGUGGAUUGUGGUAUACACGCCCGAGAAUGGAUCUCACCUGCAUAUUGCCAGUGGCUUGUUAAAGAGCUAACUUCUGGAUAUUCUAAGGAUUACAGAACAAAGGAACUCCUGAAAAAAAUUACUUUCUACAUUCUCCCAGUGUUUAACAUCGACGGCUAUGUUUAUUCAUGGACAGAGGAUCGUAUGUGGAGAAAGAAUCGAUCUCCAAACAAAAAUGGCGAUUGCAUUGGGACAGACCUCAACAGGAAUUUUAACUCAUCAUGGGGUGAAAUCGGCUCAUCAGAUUCUCCAUGUUCGGAGAUAUACUGUGGAUCUUCUGCAGAGUCUGAGAGAGAGACCAGGAAUGUGGCUAAUUUUAUACGGAGCCGAGCCGAAUCUAUCAAAGCUUAUAUCAGCUUCCAUUCCUACUCCCAGAUGCUGCUGUACCCCUAUGGCUAUACAUAUGUUCCUCCACCAAAUGCAAAGGAAUUGAAAAAAAUUGCCAAAGGAGCGGUUUCAGAAUUAAGAAGCCUAUUUGGAACCACCUAUAAAUAUGGAUCAUCUUCAAAAACUAUUUACCCAACUUCUGGUGGAUCUGAUGACUGGGCCUAUGAUCUGGGCAUCAAGUACUCAUUUGUCUUUGAGUUGCGUGACAAAGGCAAACAUGGCUUCCUCCUUCCUGAGUCUCAGAUUACAGAAACCUGCACAGAAACUAUGCUGGCAGUCAGAUAUAUUGCUGAUUAUGUCCUUACUCGUUUGUAAUAAGUAAAAUAUCAAAAAAAAUAAUCAGUCUGCAUAUAAUAAGUAAAACAUCAUAAAAAAUAUUCAAUCUACAUACAUAAGAAUUUCAUGUAAUAAACAUAUUUACGGCA